AUGGCCAAACAAACACACCAAGAAGUUCUUCCCAAGUACAAGAUAGUAUUUUUAGGUGAAACAGCAGUUGGUAAAACAACUAUGAUUACUAAGUAUGUUUUUUCGACUGAAACACGUGAUUAUCAUCCUACAAUAGGCGUAGAUUUCUUUGCUCAGAAGACAGAGAUAGGCGGAAAACCGGUUAAUUUACAACUUUGGGAUACAGCUGGUCAAGAACGGUUUAGAUCUUUAAUUCCUAAUUAUACUCGUGAUUCGUUUAUGGCUGUAGUUCUGUUUGAUUUGACUAAACGAGAGACUUUUGAUAGGGUUGAUGUUUGGAUUAAAGACUUUGUUAUGAAGAACAAUGAUGGCCAGUUGCGUAUUUUACUAGUUGGGAAUAAGAAAGACUUGGCUGAGCAAAUACCAGUGGCUGAACGACCGGUUAGUUUAGAGGAAGCCCAAGAGAAAGCUAAAGUAUUUGGGGCUAAGUACAUAGAGACAUCUUCUUUGACUCAAGAUGGGAUUGAAGCCUUUGCCCAAGCCAUUGUAGAAGCAGUUGAGAACUCGGCUGUACCAGAACAGAAGAUUCCCGUCUUUAGCAUUGAAGUAGAACAACCCCGUGGAUGCUUUUGUCUCUAA